UGAAUCUUUCAAAAUGAAAAUUUGAUACAGAGAAUUUUUUGCAAUACUGGACAGUUAAAACAAAUCUUUAUGGCGUCUAGUGGACAACAGGUUCGAAAACGCCCACUUCCAAGUUAUUUUAAAACAGAUUCUUCCGACGAAGAAAGUAACUCUUCUUCAGGAGACAAUACUUUUGGUCGGUCCGUUGAUUUGCCCAAAGAUGUUUCAAAUUGGACGGUAUUUGAUUUAGGCAAGCUAGGCAUAUUCUAUGAUCGAUUUGCUAAGCCGACACCUAACGAUGUUCUUCAAAUAGUUGCAGAUAAAACUGGCGAUUACGGAUAUUUAACUAAAGAUCAACAGGAAAUUGUAGAUGUAAUUUUAGAACACCUUGACUUUAAUCUCAUUAUAGAAAAAGAAAAGUUAAAACGAAAACAGUACCUUAAAGGGGAAAUUAUCAAUGAACUUCAUUUGACUGCAGACAAAAUACAAAAUCAACUGGAACAUGGAUCCCCUCCAUCACCUAGUCAGUCAGUGAUUUACAGACAUGCAUUAGACUUUAUAAAAGAAGUAACACGUUUGGUUUACAAGAUGGCAGAUUACAACAAUUUAGGAAGAGGAACACUUCCAGAAGCAUUUUAUACAUCAUUAAUGUCCAGUUUUGCAAGACUUUGUCAUUUAACACCUGUGCCAGGACAACUAUAUGAAACCACACUACAAAUUGCAGGCGUGAAAGUAACAUCAACUCCUGAUCUUGUAUUAGAGAAAAAUGAGGAUAUCACUUCUCAUUCUGUAUCAUCAAUUGUGACCAUUGAAGAGGUUAAGAAAGCUUCUGUUACAGCAAAAACAGACGAAAGAGAAGGAAAUGAAGAAGACAAAAAAGCAAACAUCCAACACUGGCUAAGUGAUAAAGUGCUUGGACAACAUGGAGGAGAACUUCUUUUAGCAUGGAAUUCUUUGGAAACAGAAUUUGUUCCAGGGAUGAUCUCAGUAGGAACAAAGAUAUAUUUCACAUUGCUUCACAUAAAUUCUGACCAUGUUGCUCUUCUUGGACCUGGGGUUAUAAAUAUGAAAGAAGUAAGAAAGCAAAAAGCAACGGUGUAUUAUUCAGAACCAAAAGACAUAUUAGUUAAAGAUGAUAGAAAUGCUCUGAUUCAGUCAGUGAUGAGAUUAAAUAAUUAGUGUAUACAUUUGUAUGUUCUAUGAACAUAAUCAUGUGUUUUACUUGAUUUUUUUGGCCUUGAAGGAUGUUCGCUAUUCUGUUUCAAACUAACAAGCUUUUUAAAAGACUUUUAUAAAUCAAUAGUUUAUAAAUAAAGGAACUGAAAAAGCAGAAAAAAAUGAAGGAUCCGUGUGCUUGUUUUCGAGAUAUAAGCCAUUGAAAAUUUAGCGGGAAAUGAUUCUCUCUAGAUUUUUCAUACAUUUAACAUUGGCACCUUUUUUAGUCCCCUACCGACGAAGUCAAAGGGGACUUUAGGUUUGCACUCCGUCUGUCUGUCUGUCUGUCUGUCAGUCAGUUUUCCACACUUUUUUUCUUCGUGCUUGAAGAUAUUGAUUUGAUAUUUGGUGUAUUGUUUUAUCGUGACAAGUUACAGAUCAAAUUCGAAUUUUGUUCUGGUCUGACGAUUUUGUGCAGAGUUAUGGUCCUUGAACUUAGAAAAUUCACUCAAAUAAUCAGUUUUCCACACUUUUUUUUUGUCAUACUUGAAGAUAUUGAUUUGAUAAUUGAUAUAUAGUUUUAUCAUAACAAGUAACAGAUCAAGUUCGAAUUUUGUUUUGGUCUGUUGAUUUUGUGCAGAGUUAUGGUCCUUGGACUUAUAAACCAUGACAAGUUAUAGAUCAAGUUAGCAUUUUGUUCCAGUACAAUGAAUUUUCAAUUGGUAGGGGACUAUGUAUUGCCAGGCAAUACUCACAGAAUGCUUGUUCUUUUUAAAAAACUUUGAAAAAAUAACAAGGAUUUUAUAAGAUUUUCAAAUAUGGCUUUUAAAACUAUAUGCAAUAAUAUUAUGAAAAGAAAAGUAGGGGUUAGCAGGCAAAAUUUGUUAUUGGCAAUAGAUGGAUAAAACCAGAGGAUACCGAAUAUCUGGCAAAAUUUCAAAAACAAGAGUAGCGAACAUCCUUAAGUUGGAUAGAGCUUUCUUUGAAAAAUCCUUUUUUGACUGUUGUCUAAAAGAUAUAAAUGAGCUUAGUGUUUUCCUAAGACAAUUUCAGCUCUGUGAUAGUUAGUGCUAUAGUAUUUUUUCACUGAACUAUUGGACUGAAUGUAAGGCUAUCCAAAAGGCUGUUUAAGAAUCUAAAGGACUAUGGGUAAUUUUAUUGUUCGUACCCCAAAAUGAAAAUAACGUCACUUCACUGGUUGAAUUUCAAUUGUUUAGAACGUUUUUAACCAAUCACAAUGCUUUGGUGUACAUUUUUGAAAAUAUUACCCAGAGUGCAUUAGAUUCUGAAACAACAAAUUAAACUGCAGCAUAAUGAGAUUUGUUUUUAUUAGUCCCCUACCGACGAAGUCGAAGGGGACUUAAGGUUUGCACUCCGUCCGUCUGUCUGUUUGUCUGUCUGUCCUUCUGUCAGUCCGGCAAAUCAGUUUUCCACACUUUUUUUCUGCAUGCUUGAAGAUAUUGAUUUGAUAUUUGGUAUAUUGUUUUAUCAUGACAAGUUACAGAUCUAUUUCGAAUUUUGUUCCGGUCUGAUAAUUUUGUGCAGAGUUAUGGUCCUUGGACUUGGAAAAUUUACUCAAAUAUUCAGUUUUCCACAUUUUUUUUCGUCAUUCUUAAAGAUAUUGAUUUAAUAAUUGGUACAUUGUUUGAUCAUGACAAGUUACAGACCAAGUUUGAAUUUUGUUCCGGUCUGAUGAUUUUGUGCAGAGUUAUGGUCCUUGGACUUAGAAAAUUCACUCAAAUAAUCAGUUUUCAGCACUUUUUUUCGUCAUGAUUGAAGAUAUUGAUUUGAUAAUUGGUAUAUAGUUUUAUCAUGACAAGUUACAGACCAAGUUUGAAUUUUGUUUCGGUUUGAUGAUUUUGUGCUGAGUUAUGGUCCUUGGACUUAGAAAAUUCACUUAAAUUAUCAGUUUUCCACACUUUUUUUCGUCAUGCUUGAAGAUAUUGACUUGAUAUUUGUUAUAUAGUUUACACCAUGACAAGUUAUAGAUCAAGUUAGCAUUUUGUUCCAGUACAAUUAAUUUUUAACCGGUAGGGGAAUAUGUAUUGCCAUGCAAUACUCUCAGAAUGCUUGUUAUGUUUGAAAUUUCAUAUGCUGACCUGAUAAUUUUUGAACACACACAUACUUGAAAUUUGUUGUAUAUUUAAAUUGUGAAAUUUUAUUAAAUUAUACUAUAAUUUUGCAUAUUAACAUGAUUAAUUUCAGCUAUUAAUGGACCACUUUGAUAAAAGAUAACUUAACAAUAAUUUAAGCAUUAGAUGUUUGUUUCUGAAACUUAAUUGUGAUUUUGUGUAUUUGUAUUGUACAUGCUGCAUUUUUUUCAGUUCAUAAUAAAAUAUUUUUUACUUAAAA